AUGCCGCCGUACGACUACCUCUUCAAGCUCCUGCUUAUCGGAGACUCUGGCGUCGGAAAGUCUUGCUUGCUCCUUCGGUUCGCCGACGACACCUACACCGAGAGCUACAUCUCGACCAUCGGUGUCGACUUCAAGAUCCGCACCAUCGAGCUCGACGGCAAGACGGUCAAGCUCCAGAUCUGGGACACCGCCGGUCAAGAGCGCUUCCGUACCAUCACCUCCUCCUACUACCGCGGUGCCCACGGCAUCUGCGUCGUCUACGAUGUCACCGACAUGGACUCCUUCAACAACGUGAAGCAGUGGCUGCAGGAGAUCGACCGCUACGCGACGGAGGGAGUGAACAAGCUCCUCGUGGGCAACAAGAGCGAUAUGUCGGACAAGAAGGUCGUUGAGUACACAGUCGCCAAGGAGUUCGCCGAUAGCUUGGGCAUCCCAUUCCUCGAGACCUCGGCCAAGAACGCAAGCAACGUCGAGCAAGCGUUCUUGACGAUGGCCCGCCAGAUCAAGGAGCGCAUGGGCAACACGACCGUCAACAACAAGCCAACGGUCCAGGUCGGUCAAGGCUCGAACGUGCAGUCGGGCAGUGCCGGUGGCUGCUGUUAA